ACCAGCGACCGCCCUAUCCACCUGCGCCAGAGCGACGCGCAACUAUUCGCCAGAGCGCGCGAUCCAACCCGGUCCACGAGUGCCGAGCCUCGCCUCCACGGAACGUGCUCGUCUCGAGAUGGAGUUUGCGGUCCGCACCCGCGAGCCUACCGAGGACGGCGUCGAGCUCCCGUUCGGCGACUUCUGCCUCAGCUGCGGCAAUGCCACGAUGGGCUCGACCUACUGCUCGAGCGACUGCCGCAAGGCCGACCUCGAGCGCAGCGAGGCGUCGCCCGACGACUCGCCCUUCCUGUCGGCCGUGCCGCCACUCGUCCCGUCGGCCAAGUCGGUGUGCUCCACCCCGCCCAGUUCCGCCAACAACAGCCCGUCACCGAGGAGCGGCAUGCUUCACCUCGCCGACCCGCCCUCACUCGACCUCCCGCCGCCCAAGCACCGGUUCGAGUACGGCGGCCAGUCGCUGCCCAACGGCGGUGGCCGGUACUCGCCCGCGUGGACGAUCAACUACCAGCCGGACCCGUUAGCGUCGCCACUCGUUAGCGCCGCAGACGCGGCGGCCGCCGCCGCCAAGGACCUCCCGUACCGGCGCAAGCCCGGCCGGCUCCACGCCGCGGUCCCUUCGCCGCUCUACUUUCGCCAGAAGGCGGCCGCCGCCCACUCGUCGCCCGCGUUCAACCCGACGUCGCCCUCGUCGCGCUUUGUCGCGCUCCCGACCAUGGCCGACUUUUCGGGCGCGCACGUCCACGAGGACGACAUCGCCGCCCUGUCGCUCCCCGGCCAGUGCGACUCGGCAGAGCAGCCCACGCUCGUCGCGCCGCCGUCGCACUGCGGCCGGCCAGGGUGCGUCGGCGUGCCCAAGCGCCCCAAGCUCGAGACGUCCCUGUCGAGCUUCCGGUCGAGCAGCAGGCGCCUGUCCGGCCCGGGCUCGCCGGCCUUGCGGGGACUCGCGUCGCUCGACACGACCGACGAGGUCCUCCUGUCGCCGCGCAUCCGGGCGCUCCGGACUGGGCAGGCGUCGCCGGUCGAGCCGCGCGAGUCGCCGCUAGCGUCGCCGUCGCCGUCCGAGGGCGAGGAGCACGACCCGCACUCGGCGUUCGCGUGCUACCUGUUCUCGCACCUGUCGACCGAGGCGCCGGUCGAGCGUGGUCGCUCGGCGUCGAUCGACCAGUCGGGCCCCGAGAUGCAGCGCAGCCUGUCGGUCGACGCCGCCCUUCCCUCACGCGCCGUCGGCAACUCGUCCCCCUCGGCCUCGAUGUCGCCCGCGCCUCGCCCUCGCCGCGCCAUGUUCGGCGGCCGCGGCGGUCCUGCGGCGCUCAACGUCCGCACCGAGCCGUCGCUGCGCCCGCUCACGCCCACCCCGAGCUCGCCCACCGCCGACGACGACAUCCCGCUGUCGACCACCGUCCGCGCGUCCGACCUCGACCGCGACGCGACGAUCCGCCCCGGCCGAGGCCGUGGCGCCGAGCGCGCCAGGCUCACGCCGGGCCACUACAUCCAGGCGACGAGCGAGACGCCGUCCGGCGUGUCGCCCUUCCCUUCCCCUCCCCCUUCUCCACCUACCGCCGGUCGCGGCCGCUCCGUCGCCCGCCGCAACUCGAACGCUACCGACGCCGCACCCGCCGCCGAGGGUCGCGGCCGCUCGGGCGCACGCGGCCACGGCGCCGUCAAGCGCUCCAUGUCGCCCUCGGCCCGCAAGGCGUCGCCCUCGCCCUCACCGGCCCCGACUCGCUCUCGGUCGCGCGCCUCGCACUCGCGCUCGCGUGGGCGCGUGAGCGCUCCUGCCGACCGUGGGCGUGGCCGCACGCGCGAGCGCGAGCGCACGCUCGACGAGGAGGAGCCGAGCGGGGACGACGCCGAUGGCGAGGCGGACGCGCCGCGUGGGCGUGGGCGCAGCUCGGCGCGAGACGAGCGCAGCCGGAGCCGCAGCGAGCUUCGUCGCGGUCGAGGGCGCGAGGUCGUCUACUCGAGGGCGGCGUACGGACACGGCGAGUCGUCCGAGGACGACCGGUAGUCG